AUAAGGGACUUAAAAUUUAAAAUUACGUAAAACCCAUCUUCCAAGAAGGCGUCCCCUGCAGACCCCAUGUCUCAAGACUUUUCGCUACGAACGUUGACUUUAAAGAGCAGAGUACUUUCCCCUGCUACUACUCGCUUCACCAGUUUCCUCGACUUUGGCUUCUCUAUCUCGUGGCCAUUCCUUCCUUUUCUCUGCCCAUGGUGUUGUUGAAUUCGUCUCUGGUUGGGGCAUAUCACUUGGAGGAUUAUCAGCAAGUUUUUCCCAGGAAUUGCUUCAUUCCAGUAAACUUUCCAGUACAGAGAAACUGUGCUAAUGGGGGCAAAGCCUUUGACAUCAUGGAGGAAAACAAACAUUAAACGGAAGGGGGGAUUCCCGGAUCUGAUUCCCAGGACCCAUCUUCCUCUUAACCGUAGCAGCCAUUGAAACCCAAUCGGCCCUUUUAUUGAACUUCCUAAUCACAUACUGCUGAAAUCGACUCAAGCUACUCGGAGGAUUUCUAAUGUUCGAAUACAGAGGAACACAAUCGCAUCGGGUGGAAGUGGAAAUAUUUCACGAGAAGGGUAGAUUUGAUAACGGUCUCAUGCUGGAUGUGAAAGCGGCCCGAAACUAUGAACAACAGCCCGGUGAACUAGUGGGACAAGCUUCUCAAACAAAAAGGGAUGAGAUCUGGAAUUGCUUGAUGAACGACGAGGUGCUCUGCCCUGGCGUUUGGGGACAAGGGGGACUGGGUAAAACCUCUCUUGUGAAGCAUAUACAUGAUCAAAUAGUGCAGAAUUGUAGAAGGUUCCAUGGUGCUUGUUUGGUCAUUGAUUGCAGGAAGGCACUGUUGGUAUGGUACAAACUGAUAUCGCGAACUCUCUUAAACUAGAUUUGACGGAGGUGGGCACUAUUUACUGGAGAGCAAGACUGACGGACGCAUUGCAAGGUAGGAAGAACAGGUUCAUAUCUCUGUUUGAAGCUUCGUCCUUUGGGAAGGAGAGCGGCCAUGUCAAUUACGCUAUACUUGUGGAGAGGAAUGCCCCUACCGUUACAUGCCACAAGGGAAACAACAAAAGCAGAGAGCAACUGGGAAAAUUUUCGCCAAACGGAGUAGGAUGCUGCACCAUUCAAUGCAGUUGUAGCAGAUCUAAUGGCAAAACCACACCAAAGGAGAGGCUUCUUGGGAGCUGAAGGAGAAUGCAAAGCACAAAAACCCUUAUUUAAGGUAAAGACACAAAAAUAAUAUAGCUCCUUAGCGAGUUCUAUUUGAUAUGUUAAAUGGUCGUCGGCAUUGUCUUGAUCGCUUUAGAAAAUUCGUUGCAAUUACCUCAUUUUUUGCUUCGAUGAGUGCAAAUGUAAUUGGAUCAUAUACUUUGCUUGUUUCAAUGAUUUCUCGUUUGAGUUUUGCUAGCAAUUCUUUUCUCCC